AUGGGCUGGGAGGAGAAGCAGGUCCGCGGGUACCCCGAGUUCGUGCAGACGGGGCGCAGCGCCCACGGCCGGCCCAUCUUCGCGCUCUUCUGCGGCGACAAGGAUGCCGAGGGCAGGAGCUGGUGCCCGGACUGCGUGACAGCUGAACCAGUUGUGAGGAAGGAACUUCAUAACAUGCCUGAUGAGUCUGUAUUCAUCUACUGCCUAGUAGGAGACAGAGCCUACUGGAAAGAUCCCAACAAUGAAUUCAGGAAGAAUCUGAAACUAACAGGAGUGCCUACACUACUUAAAUAUGGAACACCUCAGAAGCUGGUUGAAGAAGAAUGUUUUAAAGCAGAGCUUGUGCGUAUGUUGUUUACUGAAGACUAA